AUGGAUCACCCCGACACCGCCGAGCCGUCCCCCUCGGCGGCACGCGCCCUCCAAGUCGCCACCAGGUCCCACACCCAAGGCCGCUUCACCGUCUCGACCCGCAAGCUGCCCAUCUCCAAAGCCGGCGCCAUCGACCGGCUCACCGAGCAGAUCGGCAUCCCCGUCCCCGAGAUGAUCUUUGGCGACAACCUCGUCUCCGUCGUCCACCGCCCCACCGGUUGGUCCAUCGAGUUCAACACGCCCGACGCCCUCGACGCUGUGGAUAAGACCGGCGAGAGGAUGCUCAAGGUCGCCUACGCGCGCGACUGGGAGAGCACGCGCGAGGCCCAGACCCAGAAGAUCAAGCAGGUCGUCCGGCCCUACGACUGGAGCUACUCGACCCGCUAUGCCGGGUCGGUGCGCCAGCCCUGCGCGGCCGCCACGUUCCGGCCCACCGGGGACAAGAUCCCCCUCGAGCUGCUCAAGCGUCGCGACCCCAUACUCUUCUUCGACGAGGUCGUCCUGUACGAGAGCGAGCUGGACGACAACGGCGUGUCCGUCUACAGCGCCAAGGUGCGCGUUCACGACAAGAGGAUGCUGCUGCUGUGUCGGCUGUUUAUGCGCCUGGACAAUGUCCUCGUGCGCAUCCGCGACACGAGGGUCUACGUCGACUUUGAGACGGACCGCGUCGUGAGGGAGUACACGGUCAAGGAGGCCGAGUUUGAGCAUGUCAAACAGAAAUUACACUAUUCGGGCCUCUUGCAAGAUGACAUCACCAUUGGGCUGCGCGACCCCAACCAGCUGGACCCCCUGCUGAGUGUAGUGGAACAGAGAGUCGAAGAGGUCUGCCUAGCUGCCUGA